AUGGCGAUGGUGAGAUUAGACGUGGUGGGAGGACGGCUAGGGCUUGUUUGCGGCGUUGCGGUCACCAACAGUCCAAGUAUCAACGGAGCCAAGAGCUACCGAGCGGAAUUGUGCCUGACCUCGUAUUAUCAUCUCGCAUCAUGGCAGCCUUAA